CAGCCCAUUACCCAGCCUCCUCUGCUGUGGGCAGAAACCGCUCUCUGACGCGCAGCCCUCACUGCAUUGCUGCUCUUAAAAUAUUCAGUGCUGUUGGCCACCGAUUUCACAGCAGGUCAAAGCAUGCCGAGUUAGCAAGAGGAGGCAAAGUGUGACAGUGAGAUUAAACCCAGCCCAGCAGGGCCUGGCAGCAUGCAGGAGCCGCACAGCCUCUGCCUCCCAGGGCGCGGGUGCGGGCGUGGGCGCGGGACGGAGAGAUUAGUUGGAGGGGGCUGAGACCGGGAGGGCAGGCGGCACAGGCUGGCGCCCGGAGUCACCCACCUGGAACUGACCCCAGGAUCCUGGCCGGCUCGCUCGGGCCCUUCCUGCUCCCAGCCUACGAGCUACACCGCCUGGGUGGUGCAAUGCUGGCAGGGCUGUGGCCCGUGCUGCAAAGGCUGAGGGCCUCUCGCCACGUUUCCCCCUUUGCGGCGCGGUGGUAGCACUGCUCUCCCAGGACUCCCUCCCCGAGGGCUGCCCCAGCUCCGUGGCCAGCGGCAGGGCACGAGAGCGGAGACUGCCACGUCCCUCGGCAAUGGCAACGGUAAUCCUCAGCCCUCCUCUACCCUGACACGCUGCCUUUCCAAAGCGUUGCACAAACACAGCUAAUGCUAAUGAUGAAGUGGUGGAUUUACGCACUGAGAGCCGCGGCUGGACUCCACACCAGAGGGGAUUACGGACUUGGAUUUCGUAAUUCUAUCGCAGGCCCAGAUUUCGUCCUGAGAGCAUCAGCUCGUCUGUGGCCUUGCAGGAAACAGUCACGGCCAAAAGGAAAGGUGAAGGAAAAGGGAGGAAUGUGUGUCGCCAAUGACGGACAGCAAGAGGUGCAGAGAGCGUAGCACCCACGCACGGGCAAAAUCCCACCGGGCCUGCUCACCCAGCACGGGCAAACCCACGGAGCCCGCACGGACGUUUCACGGCGGCCGUCUGGGUGCGUGCCUUGGGGGCAGAGGGUGCUUCCAGAGCCCCGGAGGAGCGUGGUGCGCUCUGGCUGCUGUCUUCCCGUCUGCAUGGGGGCUUUGUCCUAAUUACGCUGGAUGCACGAACCAACGCAGGGAGCUCCUGCGCUGCCCGGCACAUCCGCGAAGGCUGCACGACUCCAGCGGUCGGUGGACCAGCUCGGAGGGCACUGCAGUAACGCAGCAUGGAGGAGACAGGGGCCUGGGCACGGAGCAGACCAGCGUCUAAGAGGCGGCACCAUGCCCUUGCUAAGGGCUGGCAGAACUGGACACCAGGUGUCCGUGGAAAGGCCAAAGGCACCCGGGUUUCAAUACGGCUUCUGGACUUCCAGAACAGUGACCGUAGUCAGACAAUUGCCCUCCCGCUGGUGCUGGGAACUGGAGCUGGGCACCUGCCUCAGCAAAGACGGAGCACCUCCAUUCUCACUGAAACCUGCCAUCUCUCACUGCCUGUACACACGGCUUCUUUACCAGCUCCCUGUUAGCACAGCGUAACAGCAGAAAGUCGACAGAUGGAUUCGUCAUGCACAGUUUCACCAGUUCCUUUUCUUAGCAUGCACGCGUUGUUAGUUUUAUGAAGCGGGUUCUUUCCAAGGGAGCUGUUGCAAGUGGCUGGGGACUUUGCCCUCACCCUUAGUCUAACUAGGGUCAAUUCUUGGGGCAGAAUUGCCCUCUGAGGAUAAGAUGCUGAUAUUUUGUGAGAUUCCUGAUAGACGAGUCGUCUGCAUGUCAUUUGGCCGUUUCUGCUCAAGGAUGGGUGUAUUCGAUGUAAAACAAAACAAGUUACCCCAAGAAAACACCCAAAUGCCACGUCGCUGCCUUCUCCUCCCCAAAGCGUGCUUCCAUUAGCAGAGGUGACUGCACAUGCGAGGAAAAUGCAAGUGUCAGGGGGUUUUGCGGAGCUGCUCCUGAUGCUGUUUGGACUGGAGCUUCCCUUCACCGCGUGCUGCCCCACGGACUGCGUCUGCUACCCGGCCCCUAUGACCGUCAGCUGCCAGGCCCACAACUUCGUGACGAUUCCCGAGGGGAUUCCAGAAAACAGCGAGAGGAUUUUCCUGCAAAACAACCAGAUCACCUUGCUUCUGCGUGGUCACUUCAGCCCUUCCAUGGUCACCUUGUGGAUCUACUCCAACAACAUCACCUUCAUCGACCCAGACACCUUCGACGGGUUUGUUCACCUGGAGGAGCUGGAUUUGGGAGAUAACCGCUAUUUGAGGGCUCUGGCAGCGGAGACCUUCCAAGGGCUGGCGAAACUCCACGCCUUGUAUCUGUACAAAUGUGGGCUGAGCUCCUUGCCCAGUGGGAUAUUUGGUGGCCUCCACAAUCUACAGUACCUUUAUCUACAAGACAACCACAUAGAGUUCCUGCAGGAUGACAUCUUUGUUGACCUAGUCAACCUUAGCCAUCUCUUCCUCCACGGGAACAAGCUCUGGAGCCUGCAUCAGAACACGUUCAGGGGGCUAGUAAACCUGGAUAGGUUGCUCAUCCAUCAAAACCAGCUGCAGUGGGUCCACAGACGGGCUUUCCACGACCUCCGAAGACUGACCACGCUUUUCCUGUUCAAUAACAGCCUCUCCGAGCUGCACGGGGAAUGCCUCGCCCACCUGGCGGCCCUGGAGUUUCUCCGGCUGAACGGCAACCCUUGGAGCUGCGACUGCAAAGCCCGGUCGCUCUGGGAAUGGCUGCGCAGGUUCAGAGGAUCCAGUUCCAGCGUGAUUUGCGAAUCUCCUGAGCAGAUGCAUGGCAAGGACCUGAAGAUGCUAAAAGUAGAGGACUUUAGGAACUGUUCUGGGUCUGAGUCCCUCCAUCAGAUCAAAACACACACGUUCUCCACCACCGACAGAGGAGUGCCCAAAGACCACCACCCCCACCACUCCUCCAAGGAGAAGGGCAAGGAGAGAGGGAUGGAGCACGGUUUACACAGCAGCCAGCCUGCACCACCUCCUGGCUCUCGGCCAGGGUACAGAAAGCCCAGCAAGAACUGCACCAGCCACAAAAGCCGCAACCGAACCUCUAAACCGGUGUCCCUGGGGCCACGGAAAAGCAUUCACGAGGUUCAGGACUACGUGCCUGACUACCAGCACAAAUUCAGCUUUGGCAUGAUGCCCACAGCACCGCCAAAGCGGAAGGGUAAGUGUACCCGGCGGACACCCAUUCGACCCCCCAGCGGAGUCCAGCAGGCAGCUGGGAGCUCGCGGGUCAGGGCCUCCCUUCUGGUUUGUAUAAUGGUGUUAGUGGUCAUAAUACGCUGAGCCGGGCUGUGACGGACAGAAUCUGUACUGCCACCAAUCUACAAAGGACCAGAGUUUCUUUUCUUCUUCUUUUUUUGUACAUGGAGAAUUUGGCCUUGUGAAGGAAAGACCGUUGCUUAGGCUUUGGAUGGUCUCCAUACGUGGACGGGCGGAUUAUAAACAUGGACUGUACAGGACGUGCACGGCAGGAUCGGAUUAAAGGCAUUAUCACAUGCUUGUCACAAACAGCCCCAACUGAGCACCUACAAAAAAGCCAACCUUACAAAAACAGAUCAAAGGGACAGGAGCUAAUCCUCCAUUAAUAACAACUGGACAAGCAUGGACAGUAGCUGUGCUCUAGGUGAAAUCCUGUUAAUUUGCGAGAGCUCUGAAAGACCCUGCGAUUACAGACGGGAACAUAACUGCUGUAAAAACGAUCACCAAUUAAGCCUACACUGUUUACCUGGAACUGUGCGCAGACACUUACCAACGCGGCACAAGGACAUCGGUUCUCCCACAUCCCGCCCCUCUCGGCUCCGAACCCGCAGGCCGACGUUGGCUGGAAAUCUCUUGGAAGACAAUCUCAAAUCCCUGAAUAUCUCAGGCACACAGCAGAACAGGGCUUGCCUGCUGGGCUAGGAGUAGCCAACUACCAAAGGAAAGACUGAUUAGAGGUGGAGAGUAAAAACUGAAAAGGAUUGAGGUACCUACAGCAGGUGCGUUUUUUGUAACCGUGUUCACAUAUAAAAAACCAACAAAUGCACAGGUCCCUUCCCCUCAAUUAACCGUAUGUAUGUCUUACGAUGUUUAUAAACUAUAUGGAAACUGUAUCUGCAGAACUAAGGAUUGUAUUGUUGGAUUUAUAGCAAAACAGUAUCUGGUUUUCUCUAGUAAGCGAUUGGCAGCAGUGCCUACAGAUGCUGGCCAGCCACCGUCGGGCUCGCACGCGCGGGGCAGCCGCAGCGGACCAAUGUCCUUAGCGAUUUAGAGCGCUAGCCUGUCGGAGGUUUUUUGUAUGCAAUGCAACAGAGUCCAUAUCUGAAGAGCCAAAUCUCAUUCUUAUGCCCUAACUUGUAACCCGUCACAUGGGAAAGGGAUGAAUUAGAAACGUCCAGUCCAAACAACAGCCAUAGAGCUCCAGCUCCUAGAAAGCGCCCCCAGGCCUGGGGCAGCAGAGAGGCCUUUCUAGCGGGAGUCCGCGGCGGUUCCCAACAGUGUUAGUGGUGUGAGGACCUUUAUAGCUGGUCUAAGGUUUUCACCCCAGCGGAGGGAGAGGAGUCGGGGCUGGCUGCACAGUCCCGGCAGAGCGGGGAGGGUUUUGUUCUGUAAAAAGAACAGAUUUUGCUGCGGAGAACGGAGAACGAGGUGGAAAGCAAUUGACUGGGAAUCUUGUCGGUGACCUGUAAGAAACGUAGAGCCCACGGCUUCUGUCCACGAGAGAAAAACCACGCACGGGGCAGCAAAGCGAGAGGAGGGGUGUGGUGAGGCGGGGAGGAGGGGGAGGAGCAGGUCUGCCAGCUCCCUUAGCCACGGGCCGGGGCCGGGGCCGGCGUCGUGGUCCGGCGCGGGCUGGCUGUGGCAGAGCUGGCAGCGUUGCUGGUCGCAGCCUGCGCGCUAUCAGAGACCGUGUCCCCAAUUUUGCACAAACAGUCAAUGUGAAUUCCCUGUCACAGUGGAUAUGUGAGAAGAAACAAAACAGUGACGUUAAUGAAAGAGGGAAAUAAAAGCGAUGUUGGACAAGCCAGGCCUGUUUUUCAUU